AUGAGGAUCUGGGAGUAUGACCGCUUGGGGGGCAUCGCAUCCCACAAGUUCGACAAACAUAAAGACGCAUUUCGGUUUGUCUCGACAAUUCUGGGCUUUCUUUGGAAAGGCGAUGAGGACUUGGGCUUCGAUCCAACCAUCUAUAACGAUAAAGGCCGGCAUGUAAUCGACAUCCAACGUCAAAACCGGACAGAGCGCCUUAUUAUAGACCGAGUGAUCCGGCGCGCCGCGUGUGUAGUCGGUCGAGCAACCACUUGCUGGAAGGUCCAUCUGGAAUGCUCUCCCGAUCAACUUCUGGUUGUGAAAGACUCUCGGCAAUACACGGAGCGGGUGAACGAGGGUGAGCUGUUGCAGGAGACAACCGAGUUGGGGGUGGUCAACGUUGCUCGAUACUACCAUCACGAGACGGUGCAGGUGUCAGGCACCGAUGAUGAUAUUCGACACAAUGUUCGGAAAGGACUAGAUAUCACCACGGCGGACAAUCAUCGGUCUGGUCGGUCCUCGGACACACCGAGUCCCCGGACAAUGACCUGCCCCCAGGAAGGCCGCAGUAGCACCAGCAUCGUGGGCCGAAAGCGAUCCUCCAGUCCUGCCCGCCUCGCGCAUUCGUCUCGCAAGCGACAUCAAUCCAGAUCGGCAUCGCUAAGUUUGGUCCGGAGCGCCCAGUCCAACCGGAUUCACCGUCGAGUGGUGAUUAGGGAUUACGGCGAGCCGAUCUACAAGGCAAGUUCUCCUCCGGUCCUUCUGCGGGCCUACGUGGGCUGCAUCCAGGGUCACCAGUCGUUACGCAGUGAGGCUGGGCUACUCCAUCGGGAUAUCUCUGUCAACAAUAUGAGGGUCAAUGAGCAGAGCGACGCCCAGUGGCCGGGAUUCCUCAUUGACCUCGACCUUAGCGUGAAGGGGUCACGGGUCAAGGCUUCUGGUGCCCAAGGUAAGACGGGGACUCGAGCAUUCAUGGCGGUCGGGGCACUUCUGGGAGAGCAACACAGCUUUAUGCAUGACUUGCAGUCCUUUUUCUGCGUUCUGCUUCGGAUUUGCAUCCACUAUCACGGGCCGGGCCAUGGGAAUGUUGUGGAAGAAUUCGACUAG